AUGUUGGGACGUUUAUCUGGUUCGGCGUUGUGUGUCCGUGGUAUACGGACUUUUUCGAGUUCAGUUGCCGUUUUGAGUGGAGGCCAACGGAAGUUUCAAACACCACAAGAAUUUGUCCAGCUGAAAGCUACAGAAGCAGCACAAGAUCAACAAUUCAAAGAACACCUUUUACAUGAGGCAGCCAACACCGAAUAUAAACCUAAGACCAUCCGUGGGAAUGAUAUUAACCCCGUUUCCAAAAGACCUGUACCUUUAAAUGUGGAACUCUUACAGUAUGAACCCAUUCAACUCCCAAAAACUCAUGGCCAUAAGGUCGCAGUGCUUAAGUUCAGAGGGUACGAUAAGUCAGAGCUCAGUAGAGCAGGAGAAUUUGCAUUACGUAGUGCUUUCUUUUUAGGGAUUCCAACCCUGAAGCUUGCCAAUGCAAAGACUGAAAAAAGAUUAUAUACUGUGAUUAAAUCUCCUUUCGCCCAAGCUAAGCUGAAGCAGAAUUUCCAUAGAGUCACUUAUAAUAGGUAUGUGGUAGCAUACGAUGCCAAUCCUGAGAUAGUGGAUUUGUGGCUCUCCUACAUCAACAAGCAUGCCAUUGAAGGUAUCAAUUAUUCAGCAGAAUUGUACACUCAAGAAGGACUAGACUACGCUACGCAAUUGGAGAACUUGGCUCUCACCGACAUGGCAUUACCUGAAGCAUACGCUGAUUUAGAUGACCCUAUUGCCUCCAAGGUUGAGGAGUUGUUACAAUCACAAACAUUCAGUAAGUUGCUUGAAAAGGAGUAA